AUGAGCUCGACCUCUUUCUCCGCGUAUAAGCGUCCCUCAUAUAAAUCCAGACAACACCCAGGCGACAUCAAUCCCAAACGUCCUACCCUCGUCAGGGAGCCUUCAGAGAAUCUCCUUUCCUACUACGAAUCCUCCAUCCCGAACGAAAGUCCCAACUACGCGCGGUCAUCAACCCCGGAGAAAACACCUUCCCGACCUAUACAUCAUCAUACUAGAAAGAUCUCUACCACCUCCACCUCCUCCUCCGACUACUCUGACGAGUCUGAAACGACGGAUGCUCAAGAUGCAGGCUCCGAAACAUCGGCUAGCGUGACAAGACGGUCAAACACGCCAUCGAAGGGUGCAGCAGACAGGCGACGAGUGGCCAUCGUUGAAAUGGAUACUGUCCAUGAAGGAACGCAGAAGUCGCACUCGGGAGUGGCCUCCAAUCCCGGUUCACUACGUUCACGGCGCGGCCAUAAUUCCAGCCUUGCUGGUCUCGCCCUCGUCGCACCGCCAGAUGCAGCCCUCAGAACAUACACGCAACUCACGCCUCCAUCAACCGCCCCUGCUACAGGCGACUACGACGGCGACAGUCUAGUGACAGUCCAUCAAGAUAGAGGACAUCAUCGUUCUGCUUCGGAGAACACUGCUACCAAGACUGCGUCGUCUCGUGAUACGGGUACCGUGGGGACCAGUCAGGGCGCGUUAUCCUCCACCGUGGCCGAGAGGAGCAGAACAAGGGGCAAGGACAAGAAUAAUAACAAUGCACCUCCUUCUUUCGCCUUUCAAAGAACGACAGCUUCUCGAUCGCCUUCUCCUACGCGCAGUGCACUUGCCCAAGGACGUGCUUUACUCUCUCCUCCGGACAGCGUCUACCCUCCAAUGAGUACUAUCGACAUGUUUUCGCCCAUCGUUACGCCAGACAUCGGAGAAGGGAAAGAGAUUCACAUACCUGUGGCGGCACCAGUCGUGGUCGACUUGGAAAGUGCACAGUCCCAGAAAGCUCUGUCUUCUUCGAUGUCUUCUCGGUCAGAAAGUCCAGCAUUUCGUGGAGCCGGCAUGUCCUAUGGAAGUCCCGUCUCUCUCUCUUCCUCUCUCACGUCAGCAUACCUUCGCUAUCAGCCUGGUCUGCACGCGACUGCGGGACCUUUACCCCCUCCACCCAGAGCAACGUUUUCCAUCGACGUGUCAACUCCUCCUCCUCCCCGCCCUCCACGGCUCCAUUCACCUUCGCCAGCACGGAUAAGAGGUGACCUUGAUGCGGUGAAACAAGCUCUCCAGCUUCCUCCCUCCGUAUCUGCCGUUCUAGCGUCAAGAACCCCCAAGUUGGAUGAGACCAAAAAGGCGUUAGAUUCACAGCCCCCUCUAACAGAAACCAGCGACCCGGUCUCAGAGACAAGGUCUAUACAUCGCAGAGAAGGUGCCAUGCUCUCAGCUUCUGUCGAUACCGCGUCCAUUGGCUCAGGGUCUUCGGCCCCUCGCGCGUCUUCUCCCAUGCCGUCCACCUCAAGAUCGUCGGAAGACUCUACACCCUCCAAAGAUCACGUCUCAGUCGAACAACAGUCGUCGACGUCAGAUGAUGCAUCUCCUUCGGUGACUGUGGUCGAACCUCCACCACGCUCACAGAACGACUCACCAGAGAAGUUCGACCAUAGCAAGUUUGACCAGUGGUUGGCGGACAAUCCUCAGCUGACUCAGCCAUUGGAGGGCAAGCGAAGUCUUUCGUUCGAGGAACCAGCUCGCGGCUCUUUGGAACGUCCUCUAUCACCUCUAUCAUAUGAAAGUACAAGUGAGGCGCCGAGCCCGCCUCCCAAGAGUCUGCGGAAUAGUCUGACGAGCAAUUUCAAGCGAUUCUCCGCACUGCCGAAAGCUUCUUCAAUAUCCUCGAGAUCAGCACGAUGCUCGUCAGGAGGAACGCGGUAUUCCUCACGUACACCUUCUCCUGUUCGCCAUAAAUCACCUCAACGCACACCAUUUCAGAAGAUCAAGUCCACGGACCCUGCUGCUCUCUUUUGCCAUGAAGUUAACACGCAGACCACAACACUGCAACGAUGUGCCAUAUAUGCGUCAAAGAUUAACGAACUUUAUCUUUAUGACUGCGGUCUUACGGAAUGGUUAGCUGAGACAAAAUAUCGAACUCAAAAUAACACUCAAGCGCCGCGAGCACCGUCAUCAACGCAUUUCAGCCCUCAACCGCGACACACAUCACGAUCGUCAAUGAUAUCUGAAGCAACAUUUCCCAGACGACCGGACGCGUCAACCGCAACAGACCUCUCCCAAGGAGCGUAUAGAGAUAUCACACCCCCUAGCGCACCUCCUCCCCUUCCAUACCCAUCCUUAGCACUGAAUCCCCCGCGAAGCAACCCUACGCGUUCGAAUUCGAGUGUGGGGAGUGGUACUCCGCCUUCCUCUAUCCGUUCGUUGGCACCAUCCUUGUCGACAAGUAGCAAAGGCACGGGUUUCUUUGCAUCCCUCGGGCGGAAGGCCAGUCUCUCCAAGAGGGAUCGGCUUCCUCCAAUAUCAUCGCCCAGCGGAUUAUCUCCUGGCAAACACACAUCUAAGAACAGCCCUUCGACGAUGACCAUAUCGAGGCCGAUCAAUAUUACCUCCCCUCCUACUGUGCCCGGGGGGCCACGCGCACCUCCUCGUAGGGUUCAGCGCUCCCAAACUUUCAUGACGUCGUUCUCGCCUCCGUCGUCGGUGGCUCGCGACCGUGAUGACACACUGGGUCGGCGUCCUUCCAUGUUUAAUCUUACAUUGGAUAGCGUCAUUGACAUCCAACCAGAUCCGGAAUUCGUCAAACAAGUUGACAAACUUGCGGCACUGCUGCCACAUGCGGACCGAGAGGUGCUUGCAGGAUAUCUGCGACGUGCUGGUCAAGAUAUGCUUGCCAUCGGCCAAUAUUUGGAAGAUGAGAAGAAUGGCACACUUUGGUCUUAA